GAAAGCAGGAGUCAAUUCCCGAUCAGAGACCCAGAAUGCAGGAUCGGAUGCAUGGGCGAAAUUGAGGGAAUAGCGAUGACUGCUUCAGACUUCCUUCACGACGUUCCCAUCUUCGAUUGCUUCGCUGGGCUCUCUCUCCAACCCAUGACCAUCACCAAGCUCCCAUUCCAAAUAUGCUCGUCGAUCCAGGGAAAUCGAUAGUGGUGGUUGAAGUUGCGGAGCCUGCGUCGGGAUCUACAGGCGCUUCUCGGCCUCGACCUUCACGGCGAGGUGCAUACCAAUUUCUGCUCGCAGCAUUCAUUGUUGAAGCUGUUUUAUGGGGAUUCCCACUCACUUUCGGUACUUUUCAGACGUUUUACAGCACAGAUGGCGAUUUUGGUACAAAUGCCUACCUCCCGAUCGCGGGCAUGUUGGCCAUUGGCAUUCCGUUUAUCGGCGCACCGCUGGCCACAGCCUUGACUACGGCGUAUAUGAAACGGAGACAGCUGAUGAUAUCUCUUGGGCUUUUCCUCGACUGCCUUGCCCUUGUUUCAGCUAGCUUUGCAACGCACGCGUGGCAUGUCAUUCUUACCCAAGGAGCAAUGUAUGGGCUUGGAUUUUUGCUGCUUUACUAUCCAUUAUUGUCGCUGUUGAACGAGUGGUUCGUCGACAAUCGAGGACUUGCAUAUGGCCUGUUAUUUGCCGCAAACGGUCUUGGAGGCAUGAUUCUUCCCAUCAUCGUUGAACGUUUACUGCUGCACUAUGGUUCUGCAACUACUUUGAGAGCCUUUGCCAUGGCUGCUGUGCGUAGUCACAGUCGGACCGAUGUUGCCGCUACUGAGAGCUCCGCUGUCACAUCACCAUAA